UGAAUCUUCGCUCCAACUUCGAAGUGACCAAUCAGAGUGUAGCAUUUCCUACCUUGGGCUUGUGCAGCCCUUUGCAUAAGUAGCGUGGGUAUGGGGAAAUUGUACAGGCUGCCUACGUUGUGCAUUGACUGCGUGUACACGUAUACACCGAACACUGUAUUAACACGUACUGAACUGCGAUAGCGUGCCCUACACAUCGCUGUAUAGAUAAUUCAUUCGACCAGCGUAGAUAAGAUCUGCUAGUUCAGCAUGGGAAGGAAAGACCCCAACAAGCCCAAGGGGCGGAUGUCCUCCUAUGCAUUCUUCGUCCAGUUCUGUCGAGAGGAGCACAAGGAGCGCAACCCAGGCCAGUCAGUCAACUUCACCCAGUUCUCCAAGAAAUGCUCGGAGAGGUGGAAGAAUAUGUCGGAUGGAGAGAAGAAGAAGUUCCACGAAUGUGCUGACCAUGACAAGAUGCGGUAUGAGCGGGAGAUGGCCCGCUAUGUGCCACCCAAGGGGAGCAAGAAGAGGGGACGCAGAAAGAGGAAGGACCCCAGCGCACCCAAACGCAACCUGUCAGCAUUCUUCCUGUUCAGUAAUGACGAGCGACCCAAAGUGAAGGCUGUUCACCCAGAUUGGGGCAUCGGCAAGAUUGCUCAGGUGUUGGCAGAGCAGUGGAGGAACGUCCCUGCAGCCCAGCGAGCCAAGUACGACAAGGCCGCCGUACAGGACAAGGAAAGAUAUGCCAAGGCAAUGGCGGAGUACAAGUCCAGGGGCGGAGCACACAAGAAGAAGUCCUCCUCCAGCUCUUCUUCCUCCUCUUCCUCCAGCUCCAGCUCCAGCAGCUCUAGCUCCAGCGAUGAGGAGUAGACUCACCACACCAACCCACCGAAUCUCCCGACUCUCAUCCGACCAGAGUGAACAGCUUAUUAAGGCCUCUAUUCCUCCCUUCCCCCACCAUCACCCGCAACAUUUCAAGCAUUGAAAACUUAGACGGGGUUAUUGGAAUUGACAGCACAGAAUGAGUGAAGUUUUUCAUCUGUACGUUAAGUCAUCACUCAAUAGGACAAAUUUUGGUGGGUUUUUUUGUUUGGGGUUUUCUUUUUCCUUGCUUUUUUGUUCCCUUUUGUUCAAUAAACCCAAAGUGGAUAAGUGAUUGCAUCAGUAUUGGCUGGAAGUUUAGAUGUGGUGUUGUAUGGACUAUUUAAGGUGAAAAAAAAUGUUAGCAUGUGUUGAUACACACGUCGAAAAAUUGAAGACUAAUUCAAGUCAUUCACAGGUCCUCUGUUUCAUGGGUUUGUUUUCUACCUCGUACAUGCAGUUGAUUCUGCUGUUCUCGCUCUAAAGGCUUUGAAAUAUGAAUCUGACGAAUGACUUAAUUCAUUUCAUGAGUUUUGACCAGUAAAGUGGAGAAUGAUUUUUAGCUGUUUUGUGGAAAUCCAUGGCUCUAAUGACAAUGAUAUAUUUUGGUCUAGGUCCUGUGAAUGAAAAUAUCAUGCAAAGUGUUGUCUCUUUGUGGCACAUGACUGCCUAAAAAUUCAAUGUUACAUUAAAAGUAGAAGCUGUUUGCAGGUUAUUUUAGUUAUCGCCGUUUUAUUUGAACAUAAUGAGUAACACACUGAGGAAAAUACUGUGUUAUUAACAUUUUUAAUGGGCAAACAUGUGGAUGUUUAGAUGGCUCGAUCUCCUGACGUUGUAAAAAAAAAAUGUACUGUGAAACGUUGCAUUGCUUCCAAGAAGUGCACUUGUAACACAACGUGGUCAUUCUGUACAGGCUUGCGUUUAUUUCAGUGAACAGAACAUGUCCCUCAUUUGUAUUUCACAAUCUUGGAAAGCAUAGAACAUGAUCUCUUACAUUGCCCUCGGCAAAAUGAACAUUGUUGAUGAACCUUUUUCAAGCACAUCGAGUUACUGGUGGACUGAGAGGACCAAUUGUCCUGAUAAGGAAGGUCACAUGAAGGCGUCUGAUUAUAUUUUUAGGAGAUUAAAAGAAACAAGAUUGAAAUAUUCAUCAGCUUGGACAGAAGUCUGUUAACCUGUUUGUGAGAUUUUUUUUAACUUGCUUGUACAUUGCAUUUAGUGGAAUAUGAAUUUACCACACUGUUCAUGACCUGUUGGUCUGUUUUGUCAUAUAACCUUUUGCCUCGAAUUAACACGUUUUGGUUCCAAAGUGAGGCAGCACUGGCGGAGGGAAGGCUUGCACGUACAGUGUAGGUUAAGCUGUUAUACAAGAACCCUGUCGAGAUGUUAGAGAGCCAGUGCAGCCUCUCUUUCAACUGGACCAUGGGGAGAACAAAGGACAGCCAUGUGCACAUGGUCUGAGGCUGUGAUCAUUUAACUUGGCUGUCUCACAAGCUCCAUCACAUCCAGCCAUUGCCAAGCAAUGCAGACAUUGCCUUAAAUCCUGUGCCAGAGCUUGGGGCACAUGGUUUGAAGUUCAAACACUGACUAAGUGCAAAAUGGACAUCCUUAAUACUUCAUCGUAAAGCAGUACCCACCCGUUAAAAAAAAGCAUCAUUUUCUAUAGAAACAUGCAAAAUUUCUUUGGUUCAUGAAGUUCAGAACACUGUGGCAUAGUACCUCCACAAAUUUAUGAAUGUAAACUUUAAAAACGGGAGACAACUCAGUCAAGUUUUUCCCAAUCUGUUGAAUUCUCCUGUUCAAAUAUAAAAAGUUAAUCUUUCUCUGCUUUUCUAUGUUAAGGGCAAACUGUGAACUUUAAGAGGAGAUGGAAAACUGGGACAUGUUAAAGGUUUGACUGGAGUUGUUGUUAAAGUGAUUAUUUGCAUCUGUGUGUAUAAUAGGCCCUAUUACUGUCUGAAGGGUCUGUUAUGUCUGAACCUUGUUUUGUUUCCUGUAUAGAUGCUGCUGCUUAAUAUCCACAGUAAGUUUUUAGCAUAAACGUUUGUGAGUGAUUUCCAGUUUUUCUGCUCAAAUUAUUUACUUAAAAUAGCUAAGUCAUUUUUUCUCCCUGAUAGCAUAGCUUUUGCCUGAUUGAAUGUACUGAUUUUCAUCCUGUGUUUAUUAACAAAAGUAGUAUGCACCUUUUCACUUGAAUGUAUCAACGGGAUAAAAUUAAUCAGUGCUUUUAAAAUUUGAAAUACUGAGCUUGAUUGUUUUUACCCAUUCUUCAAUGAUUUUUUUGGUUUAUGGUGUGAAAGAUGAGAUCUUGGUGAGAGAUUGAAAGCAAGUUAUUUCGAUGUUGCUUGCACCAACUCACAACGCAACGCAGGUGUGCCAAUGUAGAACUCUAAUUAUAUGCUCCAACUGACAAAUAGUAACAUUUGAAUUUAAGGCUACAAUUUUACCCUUUCACCUCAGUUUGUAUAUAACCACAGCCUUUGAUUCAUAAUCAUAUCUGUAUGUUAUGAUGCUUUUCUCAAAUUUUUUCAAGAAUGUGCACAUCAAAUCCCACAGAAAAUGUACCUUGCAGAACAAAGAAGUUUUUUAACUGUGUAAAAUGACUAAGGGAAACCCCAUUUGUUUGAUUAAUUUUGGUAAGAGAACUCCCCUCUUUAGACAAUGGGCUUAAUUACUGUGAUGUUAAAAGGCACUUAGUGUCGAGCGAUUUUGGGAUCAAAGUUCCUGGAUAGAUUUACUCUGAGUCACCAUCCUUUUCUAAACUCCAUAGAGAAGCACACAGAAAGGUAGCUGAAACCCACUGGCAAACAGUCGUGUUAACUUCUUGAGCUGGAGCUGUUACAAUACUUUAGCCUUUGUUGCUUAGAAUAUGGAAUAUUUGCAUAAAAAUUUUAAAAUGCCAUGUAAGUCUCAAAUAUGGCAGUAACAAAGGUCUAAAAUAAUGGCAAAUGGACUACAGGGUCAUUUCAAAGACUUCAUUAAAAAAUUUCAUAACUUGACUUGCAUUGCCCCUUUAAAUGAGGUGCACAUUAAUGGGAAACGUAUCCAAACGGGAAAAAAAAUACCUGUUUGAUGAAGUAUAACUGUAAAAGUUUGAGAAGAGUGUCCGUUGUAUAGAUUUUUGUAGAUUGAAUUCAAGCCAGCUACAACUAUUUAACAAAGCAGCAGUUAUUUAGAGAACGUUUUUGGCUGUAAUUUGUAAUGAAUGCCCAUUGUAAUCAGCGUAAUAAUUCUUUUGCCAGUCUGUAGGUGUAUUUUGAGUUAAGUCAUUAAAGCAUCAGCUUUUAAUGUUCA